AUGGACCCCCUCCUCCUCGCUCCCGCCGUCCAUUCCGACCAGCAAGACUACAUCGGCCCCUCCUCUCCCCAUAGCAACCUAUACGACAUCUCCCCUCACCUCGGUUCGGCCUACGACUCCUUCGACAUCCACCCGGACUCCGUCUCCCACUUCCCCCACACCCCGUCCUACAACGGCUCUUACCAGAACUCGCCCUACUCCACCUACUCCGAUCUUCCUCCAAUAGACGGCGCCGACGACAUUGGUCUCUUCCAAGACAACCCUUCAGGCAUCUCCAUCACCGAAGAGUACGACCCAUCAGACUACGACGUCCCCUCCGCGGGCAAUCCCCUCACAUUCGACGACCAUUUCACGAACACAAACGUCUCUGUGUCCGUCACUCCCCCGCUCAACGACUACUCGUCUCCCAACGCGUUCGACCACGCAUCUCCCGCUUCCAGCAACGGUCUGGAGGACGACAACCACAGCCACGCCUCUUCAAAUUCGUCCUACAUGCAUCCGUCUUCUCCCCGUCCCGACAUCUCCCAGACCUUCCAGGAUCUGUCCUUCCGCUCCCCUGCAUGGCCCCAAGGUUCUCUCCCUGACGACCGUCGGUCUCCUCCCCUCUCUAAGCCUCAGUCCCCUCCUCAGCUCCUCAUCCCUGAUACGACCAGCCCUGGUGGGGCCGAUGGACACUCACCUCCGACGAUCAACGCUCCCGACGGCGACGGCGGCUUGAUGGGCGGCCCCACCUUACAAAUCGUUCCUGCUACUCCCAUCAGCGGGGGAGGCGUUACCGCGCAGAAUGUGCCUUUCCAGGACACCCUUGCAAAUCUUCAGUCAGGUGAGUUCCCACCGUCCUUUGCGCUCGUGUCAGCUUCACUCAGCGCCGACAAUGCCCAGGCGCGUCCUCGAAUGGAGGCUCAGAUGGGCAGGAGUGGGCACGGCAUCAGUAUAGCGCGCAGAGUGGUCAGUACGCCGAUCAAGCGUUCGCAUUCCCUCCCGGAUCAAGCUCGUCCUCGGCGCUCGACGACGGCGCCCAGCAAUCACAGACGCACCAGCAUUACUCGCGCGGGCAGCAGCAAUUUUUGCUUCCCCAGGCUCCGCAACGCUCGCGAAGCAUGUCCGACACUUCCCUGCGCCCUGCGCCGAUGUGGGACACGCUACCGCUGA